CCUUACGGAAGCACUGACGUGUUCGCAGCAGAGCAGCGCGAGAGGCGGACAGGCAGCCGAGAGUGACACAGCGGCGGCAGCACCGGGUAAGAAAAGACAGUAUGUCAGAAGGAGACAGCUCUGGUGAAUCCAUCCAUGGGAAGCCAUCGGUCAUUGCUGGCUUCUUUACACGUCUUGGGCAGAUCUAUCAGUCAUGGUUGGACAAGUCUACUCCAUUUUCAGCAGUCCGAUGGGCAGUCACUCUUAUCCUUACAGCCAUAUACAUGAUCAGAGUGUAUAUACUACAGGGGUGGUACAUAGUCACAUAUGCUCUUGGAAUCUACCAUCUCAAUUUGUUCAUCGCUUUUCUCUCUCCAAAAGUGGACCCUUCGUUGCUUGAUGAUCCAGAUGAGGGUCCAUCACUACCCACAAAGCAGAAUGAGGAGUUCCGGCCAUUCAUUAGGAGGUUGCCGGAAUUCAAAUUCUGGCAUUCUGCAACAAAAGGCAUCGUCAUCGCCAUGAUUUGCACAUUCUUUGAAGCCUUCAACGUGCCAGUGUUCUGGCCUAUUCUUGUAAUGUACUUCAUCAUGCUCUUCUGCAUCACCAUGAAGCGUCAGAUCAAGCAUAUGAUCAAGUAUAGGUACCUACCCUUCACACAUGGGAAGAGGACAUACAGAGGCAAGGAAGACACAGGGAAAACAUUUGCAAGUUAAAAUUCCCUCUCCUGAAAUUAAAGUUGUUGAUGAAGAAUGGUGCGUGCAGGGGCUGAAGAUUUUUUUUCUUGUUUUUUUGGGGGGGUUGGAAGAACUAGGGCUAAUUGGAAAAGAGUUUUGAUCCAUAAUGGCAGUGUUGAGUGUGGUCUGUAUGGGUUUUUAAGACAGGAAUUUUUGCUGCCUUCAGC